AGCAUUCGUGGAAGAUCGUGUGUUUCUCCCCAAUCUUACGAGAUCCACUGUCGCAUACUUCUCUCCUUCAAUAGUCGUCGGUGUGAUAAUUAUUUGGCCUUUUCCUCUUGCUUGCUAGUACCACAUGGUUGCUGCGCGGAGUGUUGUCGUCUGCUGUUUUUGAAAGUUAUCCCCUCCCUCCUUCCCUCCCCUCCUCCUCUCCUCUCCUCUCCCGCCUCGCUGCUGCGGCGAUACGCAUCUGGAAAGCGAGUUGCCUCCCUUCUUCCCUGCGAGAGAACCAACUACACCCGAAGAAGAGAAGGAGAAAAACACAAAAAGUAAUUCCCCCGAAACGACCGUCAGAGAAAUUCGUGUACGCCGCGUGAAGAGGGGCUCCUCCGCCCUCGACAAGCUCGCAAAGGAACAUCGUCAACAACAUCAACGACAUAAGAAUAAUAAUAGGAAUAACAACGGAUCCGGGUGACUUGCUUUGGAGCUUUUCUUCUUGUUUCUUCUGCCUUUUUUUUUCCUUCUUUAAGCGAUCACCGACUUCACGAGGGAUCUGCAUCGCGGAUAUCACCCUUCCUCCGAUUCGUCAGUUCCACUACCUUCAAAACAGCAGCAGCAGCAGCGUUAUGGGCGGUCUCCAUCGACAAACCUCUGCCCUCUCGUCUCCUCUCUCCUGCCCCUCCUCAGCCGGCGCAUUCUCUGCAGUUACACCUAGUGGAAUGUAAGCGAAUUGUCUGUUUAUUAUUAUUAUUGUUUUGGAUUUGCUGUUACGCAGAGCUUUUGUGUGAUUAUCUUUUAUAUAUAUUACAUUUGUUUUUACCGUGUAGCUCUCCUUCCUUUCUUCUAUAUAUUUAUAUUUGACUGCUCUUUGGCCUGCGACGUUGUGUGUCGACACUUUUCUUUCUCCCUCUCAUCUUGCGCUUGGUACGCUCUUGGUUUUACUUCCCUUUUUCCCUUUUGGUUAUACCUCAGCCUUUGUCGGCGGUUGGGGUCCAUCGUCUGCUCUUCAGAUUUCUUUCUUGUCUUCCUUCGCGCUUCUUUCACACAUUCUUUCGCUUGUAAAGCUCGUCUGCGCUGUUGACGACGUCGCGGGUCCUUGGGCGGCAGAAGGGAAAAGAAAACGCUUCCUCCCUCCCCCCCCCCCGUUGCAUGCUAUGGUGAUCGGCGAAACACAGAUAAUUAUAUAUAUAAAAUUUUUUCGUGUUCAUCAAGGAGAAGAAAGAAGGAGGGAGUACAGCCGUCCGACAUGUUUUCGCUGGGCCUCUCCGGGGGGAAGAAGGCCGAUCAGCUGCCGCCGCUCUCCCCAUCCCCGCUGCGCUCCCGCAAAGAUCGUGACACACACCGCACCAACGAGGAGGCAGGGCGCUUCUUCCUCUCUCUCCCGGUCACGACAACCCGAUCAACGGACGGGCCGAGCAGCAACAACAACAAUAACAGCAGCAGCAGCAACAACGCCAGCAGCACGGAAGCGAGCGUGACAGCGCUGCGUCAGCAGACGACCACGCGGACACCGCCGCCACCACGCGACGACACCCGAAAAGGUGCGCAGGCCCCACCCUUGUCGAACACAACGUUGCACCUCGCACUGACCAGUACGUACACGAGUGAAAGCUGCAGCAGUAGCAGUAAUAAUCUGGCGUCCCGAUCGGUGCCGGUGUCGGGAGCCAAUAGUUUAGAGACGCCGUAUGUGCGUCGAUGGCACACCUGUGCGGGGAGCACAGCUGGUGAGAGCCAACACACCCCACUGCAGCAGCGUCAGUGCAGCAGCUGCAGCAUCAACAGCAUCAACACCACCAACAACAGUAGUAGCAGCCCCGUCAAUAUGGGUGCGUUGGGCGGUGUGAUGGACCCUCGGCCUCCUCCGCAGCUCACACGCAGCAUCGUCUUCAGCAGCCGCGAGAGCGAACCUCGUGUGACGCCGCCUCAGCUGUCUUUCUCAUCCGAGUCGAAGGACAACAGCCGCAACGGCGGAGCUGCAGAUACGGCGGCUACACCGGCGCACCCCUCAACAAAUGUGCCGGACAGCGCGCCCCGUCCGUCUGCGACGCUGCCGCUGACUGGCGUUUACCUCCAACCCUCCACCUUUCGCAUUGGUGCGACGGGCCGAGACGUGCUGUGGGCCCUGUACAAGACGAAUGGUGUGAUUGCGAACUAUCUCGAUCCGUCGUACUCGGCUGGGCAGGACAGCACGCUCCUCUCCGCACCCCCACCACCGUCCCUCGCGACGUUGACGAAUGCAAGUCCGGCGUCCGCCGCAGCGGCAUCAUUAACGCCGCUGUCAUCGCUCGCCGCCACGGGAGAGAGCUAUGGGGCGUCAGCAAAUGCCUUACACAAAGCGGCGAACAGCAGCAGCAGUAACAACAAAAGUAUUAAUCAUAACCCCCCUCACGGCGGCAGCGGCAGCUCCCCCGUAGUGAGUCUUGCCACGACCACCCUCAGCAUGCUUGCAGAGGAGAAGCAGCGCAGCAACCACAACAGCUGCAGCAGCGGCGGCGGCGGCAGCAACGGAUCCAACGUCCCCAGUUGUAGCAAAGUGAAGGCGGAGGUGAUGCGGUGCCUGAACGGAGCAGGCGGCAGCACUCCGUGCUUACUUUCGUUUGAUUACGUCGUCAAACCCGCGCGGUACAAGCAGCUCUCCGAGGAGGAGGCGCGUCUCCUGCGGGAGAACCCCCUCGCCACGCAGCUGUGCGCGACGGGCGUGAAUGCGAUGGAGGAGGUCGUGCCCGGCACAGCGCGACACGUCGUGCGCGCACCGAUGCCGACGACGACGACGACGGCGGCAGCAGCAGCAGCCACAACGACUGCAGGAGGUGAGGCGGCCGAAACGUCUGAGGGCGGUGUAAUGGAAUGCAACACGGCGGCAGCAGAGGCGGUGAGCGCCGCAACGCAACCACAGCAGCAGCAGCAGCAGAAAGAGCUUUGGCUCAACGAGAUGUCCGACACGACUGCGCAUCACGAAGCGACGGCAGGAGGGAUCUCUGCGGCGCCGCCGCUGCAGCCGCUACAGCGGCGUCGUGCGUGCGGCGAGGUGGUGCAGUCCUGUCUCCACGCCGCGCGUCGUGCCGGCAGCACGCAUGGGCAACUUUUCUACUGCGAGCCGCUCCCGCCGAAUGCGGCCGGCUUCUUUGCCGCCCACGGCAGCAUCAGCCACCUACUCGCCGGCUCCACCGUGGCGGAGGGCGGUCGCCUCAUGCCGUCGCCGUUGUGGAACGGCGUGCAGGUGGCCCUCGCCACGAUGGCUGUGGGCGAGGAGGCGACGUUUGUGAUGGGGCCCGAGGACACCACGCGCUUCUCCGCCCCCCUCGACGGGACGGCAUACAUCCGCGCCGGCACGUCUGCCUUUUCCUCUGCUGCCGUGGCUGCUAGCGUGGCCAACGCCAGCGGAGGCGCCGGCCCCUCCCUCGGGCACGGCUCGAUGGGGGAGCCCCCGCUGCGCUCGCCGAUGGUGAACUUCGUGGUGUCUGUACAGGAGCCGCGUGCCAUCACCUUCAACACGCCGCACUCACGACACCGGCCAUCGCCACACCGCACCAGUCACCCUCCCAGCCUCCGAGCGGGGGACGGCGGCGGCGGUGACGGCGUACGCAGACGGUCACGGAGUAACUCCACUUCGUCGCACCGACGCAGCUCGUCAGCGGCGUCGUCGCCGUCGGCGCAGAGCUCACCAGCGUCCUCGCGGGCCUCGUCGAUCGACGCGGCUGCCGAGCGCGGUCGCGGCAGCGGUGGGGCACCACGCGGUCAGCAGCCACCACCGCCACCACCACCGUCACCGCAGCAGCGCAAGUCGUCGCGGCUCUUCCGUGUGCGGGAUUGGGGCAAGAAGGGCCGUAGCUCCAGCGGCGACAGAAACGGCGAGAAGGAGCGGAAACCAUUGGCGGGGUCGGGGGCGAGCACGCCUUCCUCUCAGCAUCAGCAAACGUUUCCAGCGCCGCUGCCACCGCAUCCCUCACCCACCCACACCUAUCCCCCCCGCCGGCGACGCGGCAGCCACACCGCGCCGCUUUCCAUUCCAACAACAUCGACCAAAGCAGUGGUGCCCGUUACGGCCGGUCUUGGCGUGCUUCAGCCAACACCGCGGCCGCCCCAGCGAGUCUACUCCCCCGCGCACGGCACCCCCGUGACACCGCCGUCAUCGUGGGGUGACGGCGCCGCCGUGUCGGACGACGUGCGUGCCUACGAGGCGGCAUCGUACGGCGCGGUGGAACCGGUGGUGGUCGGCCUGCGCCUGCGCGAGCGCAUUCCGCUGCUGCCGAUCCGGUUCACCAGCGCGCAACCCACGCUGCUGAUCAGCGCAGAGCCGGUGGCCGAGGACGGGGAGCAGCAGACAGGCGCGAUGGCGUGUGUGCGUGAGGCAACAACUGGAAGGGAAGGAGGUGUGGGGGCGGCGGAGGAGUCGAGCAGCGGAAAGCCUGCCGCGCCUACUCGGUUGCCUGCCGCAGCGCCGGCUGAGAAGAGCGACCAGCGCACCACGUCAAACAUGUCCGCCGGUGCGCUCAGCGCGUGCACCACCACCGCCGCGACGACCUCCGUUACGUCGGAAUCGGUUAAGCGUCGCGGCAUCGUGACAGACGCGCUGCUGUGUCUCCGUGCGAGCAACCUGAUGCGGGCGGAGUUGGCCACCUCUUUUCAUUAUUUAACGCACCGAAGGGGGAAGGCGGAAGGUACAGCAUUGAAUGGGAAGGAAAGAACGUCGUCGAUGCCUGACGGCCCUCGCGCUUCACCGCCUACGAUGCACAACCGGAGUCUUGCGAGCACGAUGCGAUCUGUGCUGGACCGCGUGGAAGUCCGCGACGCUGGCCGCGCUGCGCUCUUCGCGGCAAUUAUGUACGUCAUUGAUGGCAAGCUGCUGAGCACGCGCGAUCACGCCCGUGUACUGGAGGGCGCUUGCUGUCGCGGUGCUGAUGCGAACGGGGCGAAGGCGCGCAACAAUGAGCUGCCGGUUGCCGUUGCUGCUGCUGCUGCUGCUGCUGCUGUUGCCAGUCCCACAGCGAUCACCCUUACCGGCGCAACGACGGCAGAGGGAAGCGCACGAGGGUCUGCAGCAGAGGCGACAUCGGCACCCGCAACGCUGCCGGUGCCUACUCGGUAUCUGUGGAUGCCGCACUUCCGCGUAAGCGACGCCGUCGGUGCGUUUGCGCGCCAUUGGCACAGCGGCGCCUUCAACAGCCGCUGCACGAACAGCAACAGUAACAGUACCAGUCGGCGAGGGACGAGCAGCAGCCAAGGAGCGUCAGACCAUCCCAAGCAAACAUCCAGCGUUUCUUACCGCACGUUAUGGCGCACCCUUGACGAGUUCACGCACUACCCCCACUACACCGCGACCGUCUCCUACACCGUGUCCGUCUUCAACUCCGUCACACGUGCGUACGAGCCCUACGUGUCCCCGGUGCACGCGGCGGGUGGAGCUGCCGCUGAUGCUUCUGAUGGUGAUGGUGUUGGUGGUGCUACGACGCCUCUUAUACGCAGCUGCCUCGGCUGUGUCCUGCAGCCAUGUUGGCUGGAUGCGGUAUUGCGGGCGAACCGAUGCCCCUGCGGGACCGACAUCCACGUCGUCACGCGUGGCCACGCAGCGGAGGCCGAGGAGCGUCUUUUCGUCUGCUCCGUGUUGGCCGACAUCACCGCCGCCUCUCAGGAGGCCGCAGCCGCCUUCGUGCCUCCGCACUCCUCGACGUCGGUCGAAGGGGCGGACGUCGGCGGCGAGAUGAACACACCCGUCGGCGCCACCGCGACUGCAGGGAAAGGGCGGUGGACGACGCCAGCCGCAGCACCUGGCGCGCCCACCCAACCCACGAACACGACGACGACGACCACCGCAACUGCGUGCUUGACAAGCGCCAACUACCACCACAACCAUGCGGACACGGUGACGCCGACAGCGCUAAAGACACAUGGCAAAAGCACGCACAACGGCACGGACGAGGCGGCCGCCGUUGCGCUGCGCAGUCUGGCAGCCAGCACACAGCUGCUGAAGCGACGCGGUGGCGAGCAGCGGUACCGUGUACGCGUCUACGCCUACGAGCCGGCCCUGACCUCGCAGAGCUUCUUUGCGUGCUCGCCGAAGGACGGUCUCGCUGCUGCACAGUCUUUAUUGGUGGACGCUGCGGUGCUGCUGGGGUAUUACUUCAGGGUCUUGGAUGGCGUGGCGGACCCCGCGUUGUUGCGGACCGGCGGUGGAUUCAUCGACGGCUCCUCGCCUACGAUGCGGAUGCCUCACCUUUCCUGUGCCGUACCACCGGUGCUGCGCAGCAACGCACGCCUCGUCAACCGUAGCGAGGACUCCCGUCAACGUCUGCUCUAUCUCCUCUUUGGCGACCAAGGCACCGACGUCCUUGCCGCCGCAAUGGAAAGCGCACAGGCCAUGGGAUACACCUCUCCUUCUUCCACACUUAUUGUGGGUGCUCAUGCGCACAACACGUCGGCGAACAGGACAGAUACCGUUGUCAGCCCCCCAAUUGAAGUCGUCGCCGCUGCGAUGAUGUUCGUCUCUCCGUCCGCGGCGAAUGCGACCCCUACGCUGGCGAGUCGUGUCCCCCUCGCGCUGGAACGUGUGCUGCUGAAGGCGCUGCCGAUGCUGUACCUUGCGAUUUGCCUCUUGACGUUUGGCGCCGACGAGGUGGACGCGUCGCCGGCUGUGCUGUUGGAGCGGUCAUACGGGCCGUGGUGGGAGCUGAUCAGCUCCCCACAGCAGCAGCAGCAGGAAGACCAUCGCCCCUCGGCUCAGGCAGCCACCACACGCAGUGCAGCCACGCCCGCCACUGCUACUACCCCGCCAGCACCGACGGAUGAGCAGGCGCAGCUGCUCUUUGGCCGCUACACGGCUCUCGGAGAGUGCUUUCACCACCUGGCCCUUCUCUACGCGGAGUUGCCCGGAUUUCAUUCGCAGAGUUGGGAGGCGUGCAGCAUGGCGCUCUUCUACCUCCCCCGUGCGGCGUCCCUGUGGGCACUGUGGGGUGAGCUGUCGAGGCGGCUGGGUCACACGAAGGAGUCAAGCACAGCACUGGGAGUCGCGGUGCAGCUGUUGACGACGCCGGCGGACGAGACGGCGGACCGCAAGGCCGGUCAGGCGCUUCCGUCGGGACGGCUGACGGAGGCGUCGAUCUCGCCGGAGGAGCCGGUGGAUUGGCGGAGUCGGGCCGCACUUCUACGACACCUGCGCGAGCGGGUGUAA